AGCGUGAUGACGUUGAGAGACGUAUGGGCUGCCCUGUGAGAGGCGGCCCACAGCGUUACGCUACAGCAAGGUGGUCACGUGUCCUGUAGUCAGGUGAUUGGAGAGAGGGCGUCAGCUGACCUGUCCCCGGUAUCCGUGCGCUUCCCUUCUCCCGGGUCAGUGUGACAUCGAGGGGCCGCGGCGCACAGAGCAUCAUGUCUUCCGCCAGCUCCAGCAUGAACGGGCACCUCAUGCUGUACACCGGGAUCACCCUGGCCUUCUGGGCCACCCUCAUUAUCGUGGGUACCUGUUACACGAUAUUUGAUCUGGGGUUUCGAUUUGAUGUUGCGUGGUUCCUGACGGAGACAUCGCCGUACAUGUGGGCUAACCUUGGAAUUGGAUUGGCCAUCUCUCUGUCUGUGGUGGGAGCUGCAUGGGGCAUUUACAUCACGGGCUCCAGUAUCCUGGGGGGCGGGGUAAAAGCUCCACGGAUUAAGACCAAGAACUUGGUCAGCAUCAUUUUCUGCGAGGCUGUGGCUAUCUAUGGCAUCAUCAUGGCCAUUGUAAUCAGCAAUUUGGCUGAGCGUUUUACAGGUUCAACUCCGGAGACUAUUGGGGUGAAGAACUACCAGGCAGGGUUCGCCAUGUUUGGCGCCGGCCUCACUGUGGGAUUCUCGAACUUGUUCUGUGGGAUUUGCGUGGGUAUCGUUGGCAGCGGUGCAGCACUUGCUGAUGCCCAGAAUGCCAGCCUCUUUGUUAAGAUCCUCAUUGUGGAGAUAUUUGGCAGCGCCAUCGGGCUUUUUGGCGUGAUCGUGGCAAUCCUGCAGACCUCCAAAAUAAAGAUGGGAGACUGAGCGGGCGAGAGCGUCAGUGAUGUGACCCUAGUUCCAUCCUCCACUUUGGUGACCAGAAGGACACAGACUAUUUAUUCCAUGUGCUCAUCUCUGACUUGGUCAGAUCAUUCCCCCUCCUUCCCAAGCCUGGUUGUAUUUUUAUUUGAAUCUUCCAACACGUGCUGUAAAGAUGGUGUAUAUAAUAAUGUUGCCCUGUUUUAGGAUCCUGUGAAAAUGAUAAAAUAUAUAAUAUAUACUUGUUUGUGGAGGUCUGUUUCCUAAGGUGCUUGAGCUGGAAGUGCGUGAUCUUUCCCUCUGAGACUAUUGCAGUAACUCUGGACAUGAGAUAAUUGCGUAUAAGUUAAUAAUAGGCACCGAUCUCUGCAGAUUCAACUCCCAAGGACGGAACGGCCAGAAGAUUUUCCUGUGAACUUUUAUGACAGUGUUUUAAUUAUUUGGUGUUAUUUCUGUGUAGCAGAUCAACUGCUAAAGUGGUACAUUUAUGUUCAUGUUCUUCAUGAAAUCCAUAAAUUGAUUUAAUACCCCGGGUCA